AAAGCGCGUUUCUACUUCUUCGAAAGUGAAUGUAAAAGUGAAACAAGGCGCUCAUCGGCAAGGAAACAGGGUAUAUAUUGAAAAUGGAUGUGUGUAAAAACCAGAUUGAUGUAACCAUUUUGGAGGUUAAAGAUCCUUCAAGUUUUUCAAUGAAAGAAAAAACAGCAGUAUCAAGAUUAGCCAAGGAAUUCAAACAGUUUCACCAUGCGAUGAAUCAGUUUGUUGAAGAGCAGAUUGAGCUCUUAGCAGUGGGCCACAGACCGCUACAGAAUGAAAUUUGUGCAGCGUUACAUAAGGACCAGAACUGGCAUAGAGUGAAAAUAAAUUCCAUCACAGCACUUAAACAUGGCCACAAUUUUUUGUACAAUUGCUACAUGAUUGAUGAAGGCAUAGAAUUUACAACAUCUGCUCAGAGACUGAUGAAACUGCCUAAAAAAUUUCUAGACUUUCCACCACAAGUGUAUAAAUGUCGUUUAUGGGGACUACAGCCUUUGUCGCUUCAAAUUGUAGAGGGAGAAACUGGUUUGAAUGCAAAAAAGAGGCCAGGCUCCAAGUGGGAUCAGUCAUCUAUCAAUUUGAUGAGAGAGAUGGUUGCCAAUUGCUCUGGUUGUCGAGCUGAGAUUGUUCACACAGACAAAGAAAAUAUUCAGCAUGUUUUAUUGUAUUUUGACACAAAGAAUGGGCCAUUAUGUUUUAAUGACUUGUUGGUGAAAGAGGAUUAUGCUGUUAAGAUUAAGUCGCCAGAUACUUCAUCUAUUAAUUCUCAUAAAGAAAAUGUAAGAUCCAACAAGAUGUCUUCAUAUUCAGAUACGUCACUACAUAAAUGUAAUACACAAGGUAUCAAGCCAUUAAAUUCCACUGGUGCAGUUUUUGAUGAAUGGCAGUAUAGUGAUAUGCCCCAGCUAGCUGCUGAAAACUCUUCUUUGCCAGGCAGGCAAUCAAUUUUAAAUGAAAUGCCUCCUCUAAUUACUGACUAUUCUGCCCGAGGUAAUAGUGAAAAGCAUAAAACCUUAGUCAGUGAUGUCACCGAAUCAACGACAGAGAAACAUGUACCCUGUGAUGGUAGUGAUAGUGAGAUGCCACCUUUAAUAGUUGAUUAUUGUGAAACACCCGUUGCUGACACUGGCAGCAGAACCCCUUCAAGACAAUUACACCAGAAUGGCAGUAUUCAACAUAGUGAUAGCACUAGCAGUAUUAGUGAUUAUGACUCUCCAUCUCGUCAGUCUCGCCUAUCUUAUUUAGUGAAAAACCAACACUUUUCAUUACCCAAUGAAAAGGGAGCAGCUUCUUGCCUGGAGUCUAAAGGCUCAUCAAGUGCCCACUCAUCUCCAUCAUCACUGAAGGGAGUUAAUACAGGGGUUAAGAAUCAAGGGAGAAAAGUGAGUUUAGGAAGAGGAAAACAGCAGCUACAAAGCUUGAUGGAGACAGAAAAAAAUCUACAGCACUCUCCUAGAUCCUCCUUAUCUGAAAGUUCUUCACUAACUAGUCUUCCUGAACUGAUCAACUCCCCAUCAUUAUCUGCGUCUGACCCCUCAACUUGGGGGCAAGGGGCAAGACCUAAGAGAUCAAAAUUGACAUCUCCUACAUAUUCUAGUUCAUCAAGUUCUGAUGGGAAAUCUAAAGUGAAUAAUAAAAAUGUGAAUAUUUCUGAUGGAUUACCUUUGGGAUUAAAUAAAGAUCUCAAUUUAUGUUCAAGCACAGAAACAAAAUCAAGUAACAUGGAAAAUUCAUUAGAAGCAGACCCUCAUUUCUUGAGUGAAAAUUUUGCAGGCCAACAGAGCGAUGGUGGUGUAAGAGCAAGAUCAAGACUCUCAAAAGACACAUAUGUAGAGGAGACACCUGUUAACACUGAUCAAGAGCCUGACAAAUUUUCACGGCUUAAAUUUGAUAGGGAUGCCUUUAUGUGGAAACAUAAAAGCCAAAGAAUUUUAGAAAAAUUGAGGUUAUCCAGUGGUCUGAGCCAAAGUUCUGUCUUGGAGUAUCCUGUGUUAACUCGAAAUGACCAGCCAGUUCCACAGCCAAUUUUGGGUGUAGUGAUCAAUGGAAAAGGUAUUCCAGCCCUCAUAUGUGAAGUCUUUCAAGUGCCAUUUCAUGAGUCUGUUAAAACGGUGCUAGAAAAAGAUUUUGCAAUUCUAACGGCUAGGAGCAUACAAGCUUUUGUAUGGCCGGCAGUGAUAAGUUGUCGCCACGUUGUCGGCAUAAGCCCUGUGGGACAUGGGAAGUCCAUGUCAUACAUCCCUGCCAUUGUUACCAUGCUCUUGGAUAAACUGAUUUACUUUGGAUUACCAAGUGGGAAGGGUCCACUAGCCCUUGUAGUGGUCCCCACCUGGAAGAAAGCCCGUGAUGUGUGUGAAAUGGUGGAGAGGUUUGCUGGCUCUGGUGCCGACCACAUUCGUGCUGUAGCUCUUUAUGCUGGAGGCACCGAGGAUAAUCCUACUAUUCAAAUGAGUCUUAUUAGGGGAUGUGACAUUUUGAUUUCUACACCUAACAGCUUAUUGAGAAUGCUUGAUCAAGAUUUUACCAGCCUGAAAAGACUUUGUCAUAUUGUGUUAGAUGAUGCUGAGUUGUUGUCAACCAGAUUUUCAAAGGAGAUUGAAAGUAUUAUGGAAAGAUACAUGGUGGUUCAAAAAAAUCGCGACGACCUUCUGAGUCUACCCUCUCAAGUCCUGGUUUUUGCCAGCCAUUGGAGCGCUGGUGUUGACGAGUUCCGUCUCAGGUACACCACAGAACCUAUUGUGGCUAUAUCAUCUCGUGUGGAGGCUGCUAUUUAUGGUGAUGUCAAACAGGUUGUAACAUUAUCAAGGUGGGAACAAAGGCUAACCACGUUCUGUAACAUUCUGGACUCCUUGUCCAGCUCCUCACAGAGGGUUGCAGCAUUUACUUCUGAUAUAAAGGAAGCUGUUGAGAUGUCCAAGGCUGCAAAAACAAGAGGAGUGUACUGCCUGUUGAUACAUGAAGAACUUGAACAUGAUACAAUCUUAGAAACACGUACACAGUGGCUUAAUUCUUCACUAAGUAAACAGCUCAUAGUCCUGGUGUGCACUGACCAAUGCUAUCAAGAUUUAGCCAUUACCAAUGCCACGACUGUCAUUCAUUAUGGGCUGCCCAACUCCAAAACAAAAUUUGGAAACCGUCUUGCCUGCAUGUUUGAUUAUUUUUUGGACAGAACUUCAGGAAAAAUACCUGAGCUUCAGCCAGUGUCACAUGUGCUGGUCACCAACAGAUGCGCAGAACGUGUCAAAAGUUUGUAUGAAAUCCUGGAGAGAAGCAGGGAUGCUGUCUACACUGCGCAGUUGGAACAAUUUCUUCGGGGAAUAAAAGAGAGUUUAGAAACAGACAGGAGCAAAGAAUUCUGUCCAUUUUUGAAGUCAUUUGGAGUUUGUAUAAACAUGGACAGAUGCAAUUAUCGUCAUAUGAUAAUAGAAGAUGAAGAUUUUAAAACAGGAGAGAGCACUAUUAAUACAUUACCUGCUUCUGGGGAGAUUAAGGUAAAAGUAAUUCAUGUGGAGAAUUCCAGUCGCUACUUCUGCCACUUGCUAGAGCACAGGUCUCACCCUGACCUUGUUGUGACAGACCUGAGACUGGAGUACCAGAGUCUGAUGCUUCAGAUGGUCUCCUUCUUCUGCAGGGAAACCAACCAUGUUCCCUAUGUACCCAGUGAGAACCCCUCCAAGGAUGGUCUGUGUGCAUUCAAGGAUGAAAAUGAUAUUUAUUACAGAGCUAAAGUGACAAGGGUGCUGGAAGGAACUAGAGACAACCCAAUCAAGAGAUGCAAAGUGUGGCUGGUGGAUGGUGCCUGUUAUAAAUAUGGGACCAUUGAUCAACUGCUUAAGUUACCCAGGAGUUUGGCUGAUGUUCCCUAUCAGGCUGUUGAGGUUUUCCUAUGCAAUGUUCAGCCAAUGGAUAAUGACAGUGAAUGGACUGACAAGGCUGACAUCUUUGUAGAUGGACUUAUCAAGGAAAAAGAACUGGUAGGGAGAAUAAUGCUAAGAAUGGGUCUAACUGUGUGGUUAAUGCCCCUGGUUCAUCAGGUUGUUGUACCAAACAUUGGGGUUGUCAAUGACAUCAACAUCAGGCAGGAGCUGUUGGAGAACAAGUAUGCUAAGCCCAACUCUGAUCACAUAAGGCUUAUGUAUGAGCUAUGUCGUGGAAGGACAGAGAUACCUGAAAACAUCAUGCAGAAAUACUUUGAUUACUGUCUUGAGAUUGAAAUGACCCAAGAAAUUCUACCAGACAGUAGCAAUGAUUUGCAUGCUGUUAACAUUGCCACAGUUUUCUCCCCUGAUCUCUUUUACAUUCACAAAUGGGAUAAUUAUGAACAACUAGCGGAGCUUGAAGAAAAAAUAGCUGCAGCCAUGGUUGAUCAGAAAAAAGAUGAAGAAAGUCAGAACACUAAAGCAGAUUCUUCAGUAAAGUUAGGAGUGGGUAGUGUCUGCCUUGCUCAGUCUUCAGAUCAAAAGUGGUACAGAGGUAAGAUAAUUUCUGAAUGUGCUGAUGGUGCACUGAGAGUGUAUUUACUGGACUAUGGUGACAAAGAACUUGUGUCAAGGGAAAAUAUACAGCCACUCCCCCGAUACCUGGCUUUGUUCCCAUGCCAAGCCAUUGAAUGUGAACUGGCCUACAUUAAACCAAAAGGGAAAGCUUGGACAGUUGAUGCUGUAAACCUGAUCUGUGACCUCAGCUACCACGUCGAUGAAGAAAAGAAAAAGUUAUUUGCCAAGGUUGUUGGCAAGAAAAACCCUGUGUGCGGCAUAGGACAAAAACUUGUGAUAGACCUACAUGAGACAGCCAAUGGUCACAUCCGGUUCUCCGAGGAGUUUGUCAGAAAACAUUUGGCUGAGUGUGUGGACGACUCUGCUAACCUAAAAGUGCUGCUUGGCAAACCUGCUUUGAAGUCUCAACUUUUUUUCAACAAAGUAGAUAAAAUAACAUUUCUCUGUGCUAACCUGUAUUGGUCUCAGGACCAUGAUGAAUCUCUGUUGCUGGCUGAUGAACUGGGAAUUUUACUCAAUGUAAGGGAAGAAAGAUGGGAUACAGAGCUUAAAGACCGUGAUGUUCUGCCCCCUGUUGUGAUGAUCAUAGGGUACAUUCAAGAUGUCGAGGCUCAUGGUAUUGUCCUGGAGAGUCUGACAAAGUGCUGUGUGGACAGUCGUCUUGUUUGUAAUAUAGCACUGAAUGGGAACUUGACAACCAGGCUUGUACAGUGUUUAGAGCAGGAAUCUCAGCCGGUUGUGCAAUAUCAAGCUGCAAGGGCAAUUUCUUUACUCUCUACAGUAGAAUGCUUCUGCGAUGAAGUGUCAGAGUCAGGAACUUUGGUGUUCACUUUGCAGACAUUUUUAAUGAGACAUCUAAAUAAUAAUGUUGAACUAGAGACUCUCAAGUGCCUUUGUUGUGCCACAUCACAUCUGGUUGAACAUUCUUAUGAAGGGGGUCUCUGUGAAAAACUUGUAACAGCUGACAUGGUGACUCACGUUCACAAGUGCCUCUCUUCUUCAAACAAUGACCAAGAGAGAGAACCUUGGCUACAGUUUCUCGCAGAGUUAUCCAUAAGGAAAAACAUGCAUCAACACUUCAUGAGAGAAAACAACAUCAACAUUUCUAUUAAAUUGUUGAAGGAUACAUCUUGUCAAAAGUGCCUUUACUACCUAAUGAUGGUGUUGAAGAAUAUAGUACUUCAAAGCAGGAGACACAAGACAAUGCUCCUAGAAAAAAACGUUUACACAAUUUUAGAGAGUCUAACUAAGAAAAAACUGCAAAGUCCUACAGUUGAGCUAUGCCAUGAGUUGUGGGAGUUAAUGAACAUAAGCACACCACAGCCAGAAGCUCUUUCAGGUGUUCCAGCUCAUUUUGAGGAGAACCAUGGGAAAAUUGUUGUGCCUGUUGUAGAAUGGACCCAGAACUGCUUCAAGAUUUUUCUUAGCUUCAAAAUAAAAAAUGCACAGCGCGAAAAUUUUAUCAUAACAUCUACCAACAUACAGUGCAGGACUGAAACAGAAGGGGUAACCUACGAGUUAAACUGGGAGUUGUACGGCAUGGUCUCCCCAGAUAAGACAAACUUUGUUUUUCAAAGCAGCAACACCUUUGUUGUGUUAUCAAAGUAUAUUCAAGGACAAUGGAGCCGUCUGUUAAAACAAAAAAAGAAGCCUCCAACCCUAAGACCAUACUGUGAACAUGUGUUUGAUAAUGAUGAAGACAUUGACUUUAAUGAGGAAAAAGUGGCAUUUCAUCGUAAAGCAAUGGUAGAAAGAGGUCAAACUCUGCCAGAAGGGGAGGCAAACAGAGGUGGCAGUACCAGCAGCAAUGAUGAUAUGGCUUUGGACUCUGACAGUGAUAUCUUGUUAAAUUGAAUUGCUGUUAAAUAAGGUACUCUGUCAAAGCAGCCAGUGACAGUAAUUGCCCAGCUAAAAGGACUGGUCAAAAUAGGCCUGACAAUGUUCAGCAAAAAAAAAAUGGCCCUUGACAAUGUAGCUCUAGAUAAAAAAGAUCCCCUUCCAAUCAUAUGGUUAUUGAUUGCCACCUCUCAUUAAGUAAACUAUCUCUUCAUAUGCCGAGGUCACAGAAACAAGUGAACUCUACUUCACUGGCCCCAUAGACCGUCAGGUUUGAAAGGGAAACUUUACUUUACUUUUAUUAAGUAAACGGCACAAUCAUGUUUGCUAUAUUUUGUGUGCUAUACAAUUAUAAAGUUUGGUAUGACCAUUAUUAACAUACAUUUUUAAUCCAUUGAACACUUUGUGUUGACAUUCCUAUAAUAAAAUUAUCAGAUAUUUAAUGCCAAAUAAGUUUCCUUUUUCUGGCCAAUGUUUUAGUGAAUUUUAGUGAAGGUAAUUUUUGUAUGGUUAGAAGAAAAAGGAACUGGAGGGCUCUAAUAAUCUAGGAGUAAGGUAUUUUGAUUUUAUGCAUGUUUUUGUUGGUUUCAACCUGAAGGAUGGUCACAAUGUGAGGCCACCUGAAGCCUUGAGCUGUGGGCUCGUGGGGUGUCUUCAGCUGAGUGCAACAUAUGCUUUAUUUUAUUGAAUCCUGUCAUUCUUUUGUGCUUUCAGAUGGUUCAUUGUUGUCAUUGUAAUUCAGUUAUUUACAAAAUUUAGUAACUGAAAGAACUAAUAGCAUAUUCUCUUCCAUGAGAUUUACUGGGCAUUUUUGUUGGGGCACAUUUGUUUUGAUUUUUGUGACACGCUUUUUUCAGGGUAUUUGUGCCAUAUGUUAUUUCAUUUUUCUUUGGUUAAUGUUCAUUUCAUGCAUUGUCAGCUAGAUUUUUAAAUGUGAAUUAUUUCUGUGCCCUGUACUUCACAUUUUCUUUCAGUUUUUUGUAACAAGUUUUUUUCCUAUUGAGAUUAUAUUUCCAAAAUUGGAAAUGCUGACUUUAAAACUAUGUUUUUCUUAAAAAAAACAGACAAUCAGUGGUUUUUGUAAAGUUUACUAGCUUAGCAUCAUAUGCUGCUUGAAUUAAUUUUUUAAACCAUUCCUUUGUUUAUUCUUGUAUGUUUGGGACUAAUUUUGUAUUGGUAUUGAAUCAUAGAGAUCUUCUAUUUAUUUGAUUUAUACAAUCCACACAAAAAUUCGAGGACUGUUGAUUCUUCUUCCGUCCACAUCAACCCAAAAUUGUACUUACUUCCAUCUACUCUAGUCUAAUUUAUCCUGGUUAACACACCUCACUUCACCCAGGCUGUUCUCUGACAGUACCCAGAACCCAUUGUGUAAUUAUUUUUUCUCUCCACUGAAAAAUGUGCCUUAUAAACCUUUUGGUAUAUUAAAAUUGGCCAAAAUACAAAACGAGGGCAAUGUUCUUGGAAUUUUUCACAUCGCACAAUGGUAGAUUAUUUUAUAAACUUUGGAAUUUUUCACAUCGCACAAUGGUAGAUUAUUUUAUAAACUUUGGAAUUUUUCACAUCGCACAAUGGUAGAUUAUUUUAUAAACUUUGGAAUUUUUCACAUCUCACAAUGGUAGAUUAUUUUAUUAACAGCUUUAUGUACAUACAAAGUUUGGUUAAAUAAUUUAUGUUGGUUCUUUACUAAAUGUGUAGAUAUGUUUCAAGCUAAAGUUAAAAAUGUAGAUUUCCUCUAAUAACUUGUUUUACAUCUUGAAUACCUUUUAUUUUUGUUGCUUGGAUUCUAAAAUUUAAAAGAUAGCAUUGACCUUUCUUCAGAUAUUUUUGAGAUUUUAGAGCUGAUUAAUAUAUUAAUUUGUAUCUUUUUGCAUUGUAAAUGAGAUAGUAUUAAAUGAAAAUGCUGGUAGAAUAACUCCUAUAUGUAAAAAUAUUUCAGUUCUACUUUCUAAAAGCUUUAUUUUUUAAAUAGCAGUCAACAUUCCAGUUACAAGUAGUCUAUAUGGGUCACAUAUUAAGUUUGAAAUGAAGUAAAUAAUUUAAAAAAUGGUAUCUUUCACAUACAUGUACCAUAUUGUAAGAAAGGCAUUCAGCUGGGAGUUGUUUUUUUUUCAAACAAAUAUUGAACAUGUUAGCUUAUUAUUACUUAACUUUUUAAAAAUAUUUUAAUUCUGUCUCUAGCUAUGUCAUUUUUUUAGUUUUAAAAUUUAUUCCCUCUAGUUAUGUCAUUAUUAUAGUUUAAAUUUAUUUUUUCUAGGUCUAGAUAUUUUAUGUUAUUUUUAUAGUUUUAAAAUUUAUUCACAAAUGCACUUAUGAUACUUAAUUUAAGAAAAUGAACACUUACAAACAAAAGAGAAGAUAUUUUCAAGCCUUGCAACUAUAAAAUACUCAAUUUUUAAAAUUGGAAAUUUUGUAAAUAUUUUGAAUAUCCUGGUGCGAAUAUGGCUACUGAUAAUAUGGCUAUUAAAAUAUAAAGAGCUGCAAGUAUGAACUGUGUGUUUAAAUAUUUCAUUCUUUGAAAAUUUGUAAUUCCAAAUUAAUGCAAAUUCAUUCCCUGAAAAUAGUUGUAAAAAUGUAUAUUAUAAUAUAUUAUUGACCUUGUGUUUAUUGUCUUGACCUGAAUACUUCCAAAUGUAAGCAAAGCAGUUAUUUUGGCCUUAACUGCCUACAGGGAGAUCAGAUGAUAUUGUACUUUUUAUUUUACUUCAUGAAUGUUGUGACCAUUUAAAAAUAUUAACUUUACUACAUGUUUAAGGGAAGUUAAUUUUGUUUCUAGUUUGUUGGUUAAUCUAAAACAAAAGUUGCCGUCCUAAGUGGAAAAAAAAUGAUAUUAUUUCUUUAUCCUCGGUGAUGAUUGUUGUAGCUAUUUUUAGUUAUUAAAUUGAUGUGACAUUAAAUUUAUUUUUUAAUUAAAAUUAUUUUAUCAUUACCAAAUGUAUAGUUUUACUAGUUUGCCGUAAA